CAAUGAUUUAUGAAAUCAGAGACUCAUUGGUUGUUGCAAAAUAAAAGUACAGACCCGCAGAUAGGAGGUGUUUGUUCAUGUGUGUCGUGUCUGGUUCACUAUUAUCUGUCAGCAUUUUCAGGAGCUUCAGAUGUUCUGCUGAGGAUGGAACAGCGGGAUGUUUACCUCUGACGAGACCAACCUUUGAUCUUUAUAAAAGAGAGGCAAAGAGAAAAACUCCUUGCUGCUCUGUCAGCUGUCGAUUCCAAGUGAACAAGCUGCAGAGGCUCUGCUCCAUCCUCCACACUGAGGACAAAAUGAAGAAAGAUUAUUCUUUAGAGCAAAACAGGAAUCGACGCAAGUCUUUUACUGAUGAUGGCAUUCGAUGGAGAACCGGAUCUGAAUUUGCCAGCCCAGAACACACUGAUGUGACUAACAGCAGGGUGUCCCACCCUUCCCUGUUUGGAAAAUACCAGCCCAGCUUACAGACACUCAAGCCGUUCCGCUGGUCUUCACCACAAUCCCACCCUGUGGACAACGCAGGCUUCUUGUCGUUUACAACCUUCGCCUGGAUGACUCCUAUGAUGUGGGCCAUAUUCAGGAACAGGCUGGACAUGUCCUCCAUUAGCCUAUCUCCAUUUGAUGCAGCUGACACGAGUGGAGAAAGGCUGCAGAAACUCUGGGAGGAGGAAGUGGUGAAAAAAGGUCUGGAGAAGGCCUCUCUGGUCAACGUUGCCCUUCGAUUUCAAAGAACGAGGCUCAUUUUGUCUGUUUUAAUCGGUGCCUUCGCCAUGGCCGCAGCAUUUGUUGGGCCAGCCAUCCUUGUUAACAAAAUCCUGAACUAUAUUGAAAACCCAGGGAUGUCCACAGUGACUUAUGGUGUUGGUUUGGCUUUCGCUCUGUUCUGCACUGAGUUUCUCAAAGCUUUCUUCAUUUCCUUGAUGUGGGCCAUCAACCUGCGCACAGCAGCCAGACUGAAAGGAGCCUUCUCUUCCAUGGCCUAUCAGAAAGUCAUUUCUCUGAGGGUUCACAGCGGGAUUUCAAUGGGAGAGAUGAUAAACGUCCUGACCAAUGACGGCCACCGAUUAUUUGAGGCUGUGCUGUUUGGGAGCUUCACACUCUGCACUCCAGUGCUUUUCAUUGCAUGUAUUGUGUGUGCCUGCUUUGUUCUUGGCUACACCGCACUGACAGGAGUCUGCAUUUACAUCAUCUUUGUCCCCAUACAGUUUGUUUUGGCAAAACUCAUUAACAAGUUUAGAUGGAAAGCCAUGCAGAUAACAGACGGCCGCGUUCGGACAAUGAAUGAGAUUCUCAACAGCAUUAAGCUCAUCAAGAUGUACGCCUGGGAGGAGUCCUUUGAGAAGAAGAUUGCAGGAUUAAGAAAAGAGGAAAAGAAACAGAUUCAGCUGGUCAGCUACAUCCAGAAUAUAAACACCAGCAUCACCAGCAUCACCCCCACCCUUGCAACUGUUGUCACGUUCCUGGUGCACACUCUGCUGCGUUUACCGCUCAACACGUCUGAUGCCUUUACUACUAUUGCCAUUUUCAACUCCAUGAGGUUCUCGCUUGCUCUGCUGCCGCUGUGUGUGAAGGCUUUGGCUGAAGCUGCUGUGUCCCUGAGGAGAUUAAGGAAAAUCAUGCUGGUCCAGAAUCCUGAGUCCUACCUGGAGCAAAAGAAAAAUAACCACACAGCUGUGAAAGUGAUAAAUGCGACACUGUCCUGGACCAGAGCAGUCAGUGACCCAGAUCUCCCUACUAGCCAGAACAGUCAGGUGAAGGAACACAAGGAAGAAGAGAACGUUCAGAGUGAGAGCCCACCAACCCUGAGAAACAUCUCCUUUACUCUGCCUAAGGGUAACCUGCUGGGUGUCUGUGGUAACGUGGGAAGUGGAAAGACGUCACUCAUUUCCAGUAUUCUUGAACAGAUGCACCUUCUUCAGGGCUCUAUCACAGCCGAUGGGACAUUUGCCUAUGUUUCCCAACAGGCCUGGAUUUUCCAUGGAACUGUUCAAGAAAAUAUCCUGAUGGGGGAACCUUUCAACCAGGCCAAAUAUGACCGAGUUGUGGAUGUCUGCAGCCUCAGACCUGACCUUAAAGUACUGCCAUAUGGAGAUCAGACUGAGAUUGGAGAACGGGGGCUGAAUCUGUCAGGAGGACAGAAGCAGAGGAUCAGCCUAGCCAGAGCUGUCUACUCCAAUAAAGACAUCUUCCUCUUCGACGAUCCGCUGUCUGCUGUUGAUGCCCAUGUGGGGAAGUACAUCUUUGAAGAAUGCAUAAAGAAAGAGCUUCAAGGAAAAUCUGUCAUACUUGUCACACAUCAACUACAGUAUCUGGAAUUUUGUGAUGACAUCCUGGUUCUGGAAGAUGGUGAGGUGAGGGAGGCUGGGAAUCACCAGGUGCUGAUGAAAGCCAAUGGACGUUACGCUCAGCUCAUCAACAACUACCAGAUGGAACAGUCCAAAAAGGAGGAGGAGGAGGAGGAGGAGGAGGAGGAGCCAUCGCCCAAAGAGGCUGCUGAGCUGAAUGAGGUCAGACAGCGUUCUGACAGCGGGAUAGUGAAUCCUGUAUUUGAUAUGUCAGAUGAAAAUGAUGAUGGGACGACAGCGGACCAAAAGACUGCCGCGACGGCUGGAGAUCAACUGGUUAGUCAGGAGUCCUCCACAGAAGGAUCUGUGUCCUGGAGAAUCUACUACCACUACUGCCAGGCAGUUGGAGGGUACAUCAUCACCUUCCUCACCAUCCUGAUCAUAGUUCUCAUGAUCGGAUCCACCGCCUUCAGCAACUGGUGGCUAAGCUACUGGUUGGGGAACGGAGAUGGAUCGUCAACUAAUUCAACAAACCCGGGUAAUGCCUCUGACAAUCCACGCCUUGACUUCUACCAAAUGAUUUAUGGAGUGAUGAUCCUUGUCACGUUGGUACUUGCUGUGAUUAAGUGCUUCUUUUACACUCAUGUUACACUAAGAGCUGCCUGCACACUCCAUGACAGGAUGUUCAGAAAGAUUCUUGCCAGCCCAAUGAGUUUCUUUGACACAACGCCUACUGGACGUAUUCUUAACCGCUUUGCUAAAGAUCAGGAGGAGCUGGACUCUGUGCUUCCUCUCCACAUGGACCCCUUCCUGCAGUUUUGUCUCCUCGUCACAUUCACCAUCAUCAUCAUCGCUUCUGUUUUCCCUGCAAUGCUGGCAGCUGUGGUGAUCAUGGGUGCUUUGUUCACCCUCAUUCUCUUUGUAUUUCAGAGAAGCAUUCGUCAGAUGAAGAAGAUGGAGAAUAUCAGCCGCUCUCCGUGCAUUUCUCUCACUACCUCCACCCUGCAGGGCCUUAGCACCAUCCAUGCCUACAACAUAAGGGACAGCCACAUAAAACUGUUCAAAUCCCUGAACGACAUCAACUCCAAUCACUACCUACUGUUUCACUCCGGCACACGCUGGCUCUCUUUCUGGUUGGACUUCAUGGCUGCUUCCAUGACUCUGUUAGUUGCUCUGUUUGUGGUCCUCAGCAGCAGUGAUGUCAUUAAUCAAUCUUUAAAAGGCCUGGCUAUGUCUUACACCAUACAGUUAACGGGCAUGCUCCAGUAUGUAGUGAGACAGUCAACUGAAGUGGAGGCCCGGUUCAAUUCGGUGGAACGGCUGUUGGAAUAUAUCACAACCUGUAAGUCUGAGGCCCCCAGACACAUAAAGGAGGCUCAGAUCCCUGAUGGCUGGCCCAAAAAUGGAGCAAUCACCUUCCAGGAAUACAAAAUGAGGUACAGAGAGAACACACCUAUUGUCCUGAACAGACUUGAUUUCCUCAUCCAAGCUGGAGAGAAACUGGGCAUAGUGGGAAGGACAGGCUCUGGAAAAUCCUCUUUAGGUGUGGCUCUGUUCAGACUGGUGGAGCCAGCAGGAGGAACCGUUCUCAUAGACAACGUGGACAUUGCAGCCAUUGGCCUGCGGGAUCUGCGCAGCAAACUCUCCAUCAUCCCCCAGGACCCUGUGCUGUUUACUGGCACAGUCAGGUACAAUCUAGAUCCCUUUAAUCACUAUAUUGAUGAGGAGAUCUGGACAGUGCUUCAGAAAACCUACAUGAAGGACUCGAUCUCCAGGCUAGAGGGAAAGUUAGAGGCUGCAGUGUUGGAGAAUGGAGAAAACUUCUCUGUUGGAGAGAGACAACUAAUAUGCAUGGCCAGAGCACUUCUUCGUAACUCCAAGAUCAUUCUGCUGGAUGAGGCCACAGCCUCCAUAGAUUCAGAGACAGAUGCUCUGAUCCAAAACACAAUCAAAGAGGCCUUCCAUGACUGCACCAUGCUCACCAUCGCACAUCGCAUCAACACUGUGAUGCAUGCAGACCGCAUUCUGGUCAUGGAAAACGGAAAGGCAGCAGAACUGGGCCCCCCAGACGUGCUGAAACAAAAACCAGACUCCUUGUUUUCUUCACUCCUCACUGCUGCUAAUACUGUGAACGCAAAAAACAUCCAGAGCUGCACUGUCUAGCCUACUAGCUGCUUUGCAGUAACUGGUAACUCAUAAUAACAGUUCUCUAUCACACAGCCUUAUGUCACUCAGUACUGUAAUACUGUAAUAUGGGAAGGUGAACCUAAACCAGGUGUGACAGAGAAGAAAGGAUCAGAUUUGUGUUUUACUGAGAGAAAUAAUACAUUUUACUUUAUUUCUGUUUUCUUAACUGUGUAAAUAGCAGUGUAUAUAUAUUACAAUACAAUGAUGAUGUUCUCACUGAUCUUUGUUCCACAGUGUUAUUUAUUUCAGUACAGUGUUUUCCUGUCACAUUUCAAAUGACAUGUAAACGGUUGAAUGUGUUGCGGAAUAAGACAUGAAAGCCUAAGUUUUAAAUUGCUAUUGCUUUUGAUGACAUAAAAGACUGUUGUGCAUAGUAAAAAUGACAUGCCAUGUUUACUGACUGUCCACAUAUACAAUGGUGCUGCUGGAACAAAGUAGCAAUAAAUGUUGCAAAUUUGUAACCUACAUAAACUCCCCAUCCAAUCUGAUUGAGUUGAACUAUUUUUUUAAAGAAUGAAGGGGAAAGAAAUUCAGGUUUUACAUGUGUUAAGCAGGUAGAGACAUACCCCAAAAUACUUGCAGCUGUACUUCCCCACUAUGCACUACUUUGUGUCACAUAAUAUUCUGUUAAAAUACAUUAAAGAGGGUGAUUGGAACAAUAACAAAAUGUGGAAAAGUUUAAUGGGCAUGAAUACUUUUGAAAGCCUGCGAGUUUAGGGCUAGAGGGUUUAUUAUAGCUGAGAAAGAAAUGCAAUCUGCUGUAAAUUUCAUUUGUAAACCAAAUAGUAACCAAGAAAGAGAAAGAGCUGGUUGCACUAAAUUAUCAUCAGUUGUCCUCAUCAUGCUUCUUGCUUCAGCUAUGUUUUCUAUUUGAUCUUUAUGCGUCAACAUCAAAUUAAUACAUCUGAUUGUUCUUGUAUGUAUUUCUGAGCUGGAAUGCAUUAGAUCAGUAGAUGUGGAGGUACUGUGAUUUCAUUUUUACAUCACAAACAAACACAAAACAUGGUCUCUGUGAUUCUCUGAAAAAAACUGGUUUCUGAACACAAAAAGCCUCUGUUGUCCUCUGGCUGAAGGACACAUGAUGGCGCUAUACACUUGUACAUUCUGAAGGCGCUUUUAGAGGAAUAACUACAUGGACUUUAGUUGGCACAUAAUUCUGCUUAUAAAAACUCUUCAGAGGUUUUGCUCUUUUUAUGAAAUGAUUCUUAUAAUAAACUGCAAACAAAGUAGUAAUUAUAUUUGUCAUUUUAUGAAUUGCUCACUACUCCUCUUUGUUCACCAGCUCUUAAAUUUCUUGAUUGUA